ACGACCAAGUCAGGCAAGACUUCUGAAACUAUGAUUUCUUAAUGCAUUUGGUCUUAAAGUCUUGGCGUUUCUCCGAACAGCGAGAGCAGGGCAACCAAAUCAUGCAGCCAGGUCUUUCGAAGGAACUCAGAAAUGAGCUUGUCAGCUUUAUGGAGGCACAGGGGCGCAGAGGGACGCUUGGCAGACGUUCCAUGAUGCAGGUGCCAGCUCGGUCCGUGUCAGAAGGAAACAUCUGGACCAUCCGAACCAGUUCCAGACAAUAUCACCGCGCGCGUUGCCAAAUCGGUGGCGUCCUAGUGCGCUCUGGGAGCGUCCAGCGGCGGGAGGAGGCAUUGAGCCUCCUUAGUCGACUGCGACAGAGCAUGAGCGCAAGUGGCAACCUGGAACAAAGGCUGGUUGCUGCCGCAGAAGCUUUUGGCUCUGCCAGCUUCGUCGUGACCCUCGACGCUCGUCGCUGGUUGGGUCGCGCCUUAGAAUCGCCCACCUUCCGCAGCCUGCACGAGACGCUGCGCUGGAGGCGCGAGGCUGAAGCAGCAGAGGCUGCGGGGUGGCAGAGCAUCCGAGCGCUGUGGAUGGACUGGCAGCGUUUGGCGCGGCCUUUGCAGUUUCAGCACCGCCGUCGCAGUGCGGAGGAAGUCCAGCGGCUCGCCCGGUUGGGAGAUGUGGCGGAUCGCAGCCGACGUCUUCGGAAGGCGACCAGCGCUUCGCUGCGUGAAGCACGGCUACAGCGGUCCUAUGGCUACGCGAAGCGCCGCGCGCAGCGGCUGCUACUGCGGGUCAUGGAACCCAGGCGUCACCACAAGCGAAAGGCGCCAGAGGCAAGUUCUGAGCGUAGGCAGAGGCAGCGGAGCUCGAACCUGGAGCCCAUCAGUUGGGGAAUCGCAGUGCACCGAUGUCACUAGGCUCCAGGCCCUCGAGGCUGAGCUCGCCCCAAUGGUUGACCCAUGGAGUGUCCCGGUUGGGGUGAUGUUUUUGUGAUGUCCU